AGCGUUGAUGUGCAAAGUUACGUCGCGUUACGUCACGCUUCGAACAUGGCGGACAAGAGCGGUCAAGGGGAGCCCAGACCCGAAACGCAGUUUGCGCAGAGAAUAAACCCCUCGAAAGAAGAGCUGAGCAAAGAACAGCUGCAGUUCAUCCGGCAAGUGGAGCUGGAGCAGUGGAGGAAGAAGACCGCGGCGCUCCGGGGGAGAAACGUCGCGACGGGACUCGCUAUCGGCGCGCUGGUGCUCGGCAUCUAUGGAUACACGUUCUACUCCGUGUCUCAGGAGAGAGUCAUGGAUGAAAUCGAUGAAGAAGCCAAAGCUGCAAAACUACGGGCCCCGAAGACCGGAGCCAACUGAACUGAAAGAGCUCUGUGUCCCGAGAGAGGACUGUGUCUGAUCAUGAAGCGUGGAGAUGAUCUCCGAGCCGGAGCUCCUUCAGCAACCUUUUCUUUGUCUGUCCUUUUUUUAUGAAUGAACUCAAUAAAAUGCGUCCGUAACGCUGCGGUGUGAAAUGAA